CCUCAACCUUCGACAGCACAUUUGCUUUGACCCCCGGCUAUUUGUCCAUUAAAUCCAUCCUUCCAGGCCCAGGUCCUUCGUACACCAUGUCUGAGCAUCAGUACAAAUUCAAUGUCUCCAUGAGCUGUGGUGGCUGCUCAGGCGCUGUGGAGCGCGUCUUGAAGAAGCUAGAUGGCGUCAAGGCUUUCGAUGUGAACCUGGACUCGCAGACCGCCCUUGUCACGACAGAACCCACUGUUUCCUACGAGACUGUAUUGGCAACGAUCAAGAAGACAGGGAAGACGGUCAAUUCUGGAGAGGCUGAUGGAAACCCCAUGGAUGUUUGAUUUCGGUGCAGCGCCCAUCUCCGGUCCAAUACUCUAGACAAAUGAAGGCUGUGAUCGAUGUUGGUACAGGCCAUAAGCUCAUCAGCUGGGAUUUUGAUGCUCGUCAGAGCCGAUAAUGACUUGAUCAUAUGGCGCAGAUGGGCUUCAUCAGGUCCAUCUUUUCCCUUCUCACCAUAUUUCAAGAUACCAUGGCGAUUGCAUAGCGUGUUCGUUUUCUGGCUUGGUUUGUGCUUGGGGAUCAUAGUUGUCACAUCCGAUCGUUUUUCAAACGCUAGGCCCGUGUAUUACUUGAACGGUUUCUCUAUAGACUCCGAUUUGCGAACAUUUCAACACAACUAAGAGCAUACCAUCAUUAUGUUGUUACAAUGGUGCCGCUGGGCUAGCAUUGAUGAAAUCGUACAUAAUAAUAAAGGACACAGAACCGGGUAUCAUUC